GCUGACCUCAGCAGUUUCCAAAAAUUCUCCCGUAGCGUGGUUGUGGAGUGAGUACAAGUAGUUCGAUUGAGCGACGCUUUGACUUGAGGUGGUUCACCGUCUUUGUACAGCAUUUAUUCGACAAAGUUUCAGUGGCAGUAUCAUUUGUAAGAUGAUGAUGAUGCAGGUCGGUUCGAAUGCCAACCAGAUGAGUCAGGCUGUUCCAAUUGCCAGGUUUGUGAUGCCCACCAUGAACACAUCAACACAGGCCCAAACGCAGUUCGAUAAUUUAUUGGCUGCAACAACGCCCGAAUUGGAAUUAGCCAUUCUCAACUUCUCGAGAGGGAACAACCAGGCUUCUCUUGCACAACAGUCGCAAGUCCAACAAGAGCAGAAUGCUGCUGUAGAUGGGCUUGUUCGUGCUCUCAGUGAUAUGCAGGAGAAAAAUCAAGCAAGUUUGUCGGCCACUUCGACUGCCGCAACAGUAGCCGAGCCAAGCUUUUCUGACAUUACCAACAGUCCUAGGUCGGCUAUGUCUGAUGCUGGCUCCGAGUUCUCCCCUGAUUCUCCAGCGUCCACUACCGCCUCCACCACUGGCGGUUCGACGGCAGAGAAAUCCAGUUCGCUGGCUGGUGUAUCGUUGAGCAGUCUGGACCCGAAGGCUCAAGAAGAGCUCAAGCGUCUCCGAAAGAAGGAGCGCAACCGUGUGGCUGCGAUGAAGUGUCGCAAGCGCAAGAUCGAGCGAGAACAGGACCUGGACGGCAAGGUGAAAACACUGAAAGCUGAGAACGGUAGCCUCACGUCGGAAAUUGUCAGACUACGCAGUCAAGUGUACACGCUGAAGCAGACGGUGAUGGAACACAUCAACAGUGGAUGCAACCUUUUCACUGCGUGAUUUACGCCACGCACUGCUGUUCAAACACAUGAGGCGGUUGGUUUGGGUUUUAGCAUGUAGCUUCGUGGAGAUGCUUGUACCAUAUUGACGUGACCUACAAGUAGCGGGGUAUCUACCUCCACUCUGAACUUGAGCUGCAGUCCACUGGUGGACGUAGCGGCUAGGUGUUUUUUGUUGUGUUUUUGUUGCGUUUUAGAGCAUGCAGGCCUGGUGCCUGCUUUCUGCUAACUUGAUUGCAUGCUGUGCUUAGUUUAGCCAUAGGUGUGCAGUUUUUAUGCCAAACAGCCCCCCCCCCUCCCUUAGUGGUUCUUACCAUGCCCCUUUCCUGGUGAAAGUGUGCGCAUUGUGAGCAACUUAGAACAUCUUGAUAACCCAUUGCCAUGGCCUAUGAGAGCCGCCCGUUAUUAACCUGCAAUAUCUCAAACUCCAAAACACUGGGUAGUACCAAGUAUUUUUAUACAGUUUUGUGCAAUAUCUAUCUAGGCCACAGUUCAUCAAUUCAGAUUUUAUUAUCAUACUGCUUGUCAAAGCCUAUCAUCCUGUCUCACACAGAGCUGAUUGCGAUACACCAGUCGUGUACAAACUCUGAGCGGCACAGUUUCUCCUGUUAGUGCUUUCUCAGUGGGAGAAUUAAUCUAUACCGUUUUUUGGAAAAACCAUCUUAUAAUCUAAAA